AUGCAACUCUUUCCGUUUUCUACAAGAAAAAGGAAGUAUGAAUCUGGUGGAAUGAUUUCAAACACUCAGCGGCAUUAUGAAACAAGUACUGGCACAACGUGGGGAAACGACAAGAUCUUGGCUAGAAUACUGAGUGAUCUGACAGGGUUUGUAAUCACAGGAGAGACGUUUUCUUCCAACCAGGAGCACAUUUGUUAUGAACAAUCUGGAAAUGCGACUAUAAAACGACUCAUCAAUAGGGAAGGUAAUACGUCACGAUGGCAAGUUAAUGGACGUGAUGUUUCUCAGAAACAAGUUAUGGAGACUGUGAAAAGACUGAACAUACAAGUUGGAAAUAGAUGCCAAUUUUUACCUCAGGACAUGGUAGUAGAAUUUGCCAAGAUGUCUCCUUCAGAGCUACUGCUAGCAACAGAAAAAGCGCUGGACUGCGACGAUCUCACUGAGAAACACAAACAGUUGGUUGAGAUACAAAAAAAUGAGCAAGGAUUGAUUGCUCAGUUGGAGAGUGAAGAACAGCUGGUUGAAAGGCUAAACCAUCAACAAGAACUUGACAAACCAGAAGUUGAUAGAUACUGGCUGAGGAAGCAACAUGACGACAAACUCCGACUGCUGGAACAAAAGAGACCGUGGGUGGAGUAUGAAAACAGCAGGAAGCAAUACAAGAAAUGCAUGGAGGAGAAGAAUGAAAUGAAGAAAGUGUUAGAUAAAUUGAAGGAAGAGAAUGAGCCAAUGGACUGCAAAGUUCAAGAAGCAAUAAAGGCAGCAAAGAAAGUGGAGAAUGAAGCUAAGGACAUUGUUCAGAAAACAAACAAGAACAUGGCUGAGGCUCGGAAACUUCAAGACAAGAUGACAACUUUGGAAGCUGAUCUGGAAGACCCAAAGAAGGAUUAUGAGACUAAAGUUGCAAUAGAAACAAAGCGAAUGAGAAAGUCAUGGGUUGUUCAUUCUUGGUUUCACGUCAUUAAGCUCCUCAAACCUUAUGUGCCUAAGUGGAAAAUACUUUCCUACUGA